AUGGCGACCCCAUCAGCCAAACCUGGCGCUACGCCAACACAUCUCACUUCCUCUCCGCACCCGUCCUCUGCGCCUCUCUCCCGGUCCAUCGCCCAUAAAUCACCUUCUACAAGAACCCCGACAGCCUCAGGCCCUGGCCACACUCACCAAGUAAGCGUUUCUUCAUCUCACCAGUACGCUACACCUCUCGCCGUAUCGAACGCAGUCGAUGACUCUGUCAAUUUCACGUCUCCCUCCGCGCUACUUGCGCUUGGUGGUUACACUGGAAUUAGCCCAUCACCAGCGGUCCACGACGCACUUGGUGGCCACGGCUUGCAUGAUAACGAUAUCCAAAAUUUAGGCAUGCAAGGACUUAAGCUUGGAGUGGGUCGUGAUAAUGACGAAGAGCAAAGACACCGGAUUGAGGAAGUGGUGUUAUGUCUCCAUGCGCGCGUUGCAGGACGGGGUGUGUCUCGGGAAGGGGUUGAACGAUUGAGCCGGCUGGAGGGAUUUGAAUCGAUCUGGCAAGACAAUGAUAUCAAUAUUGCUGGCAAUUUUGUCGACCUGGAGAUCGAAUUUCAUGCUGGCCAUGAUGUCGUCAAGGAUGUCAGCUUGCGAUAUGCUACGCCAGAGUUCACCGAGGGCGAGCGACGAGAAGAAGCGACUGCUGUUCUGAAGCGUAACCUUGCGCAAUCGCCUCAAGACAGCGAGACAGGGAAUUGGAAGUCACUCCAGGGUUUCUAUGAGAACUUGCAGUGGCUCGCCAAACUGGAUAAGCUCAGUCAAGAAGUGAACUGUUUUGAGGCGUUGGAAGGUCUUGAGGAGAACCUUAAGCGCAUCUGGGUGGAAGAAGGGAAGAAUAGCAAGUAUGGCGGAGAUUACGAACAUCUCUGUUCUGGGAUCAUCGGUCGUCCAAGCAUGCACAAAGGAUCCCGAAUCGGGCUUGGCCUGGAGUUUUGGGUCGACCAGGCCAAGGUCUUGGAUGUCAAGGCAAAAAGAUCGCCUGAUGCAAUGGUGAUUGACGGAGAGGCCAUUGAUCUGGAAGACCAAGAACGCAUAUGGACUGUCAUGAUUGAGUGCGAAGAGGGAUAUCCGUCCCUUCGCAUCUCCAAAGAGUGGAUAGGGACCGAGGUCUUCACAUCUGGCGAUAAGUCCGAGUCCUCACCACCUGCUGAAACUGUGCGGUCUGUUGAAUGGCUUGACCCUCCUCAGACUAUGCGACUUUCGCAUGGAAACCACCCUGAUCCGAUGGCUCUUGACUCCAGUAUGCUGGAAUCAUCCCCGCCAAAUCGCCGCUUCGUUGCCAAGCUAGAGCCACCCCUAGACAUUCCUAUUCUCGCUGCGUCCGACAUCUAUCGUCAUCUUGGAAUGCAAUUACCGCAUGAGUUUAAGAUGUUUACAUAUGACUGGUUGCUGGUUUCAGACUCGACAGCAAGCGAUGCGUCGCCUCAACCGAGUCGUAGAAAGCGCAGGAUGUCUGUGUAUUCCGUUGAUUCAACCGGCACAACUCAGGUUAAACAACAUAACUACACCUUCCAGGCAUUCGAGUCCGUUGCAGGCCGCAAGAUUCGUGAGCUUCCAUUUUCCCAUCCUCGACAAAUUGCCGACAUCCUUCCUGUAUUACGUCAAUACGCUUUGCUUGCAAGUUUGAUUCGCAAAGUCUUCAAGACUCCUACUCAGGAAACACCCGACAAGACAGUAUCUGCGAAGACGCCCUCGACGAAAUCGACACCAACAAAAUUAUCUUCUGCCCUAUCCUCUGGUCCAGACCCAAGUCUCUUUAACGGUUCAGAAAACACCAUUACUCUCAGCAAUGAUGAUCCGAACGAAGAGAAGCUCAAUAUGCUGCUCAGUGAUGGGUUCCCAACUGCUGAAAAUAGCGGCAUUUUCUCGUGGUCCAACGACCAAGAUGACCGACUUUUCAUGAACGAUGUCAAGGUAGACGUGACACUACGCUCACAACUUGGACAGUCUCCAGCCCUCAUGUUGCUUAUCACUAAUCCCGGCAAAAAUAUCGGCAGCGUCGACAAAUUUGUGCGCGAGUCAGUACAAGUCUCACUCUGUUUCGAGGUUGGCCUCAAUGGUUGCAUUUCCGUGGUCGACAGCUCGGGUCUCAAUGCAACCAAUGGCGAUGCCGGGGACACCGAGAUGCAAGGGACGGAUGAUAAGCCAAGCCUGCAGAAUAUCCACAAAAAGAUCGCCAGGGUCUUGGAGACCUCGCAGGACCUGGGUAUCCUGGUGGAAUGGGUCCUGCGGGAACGGCUCGGCAGCGGUUAA